AAGGGAUAAAUAUUGGUCAUCUAGUCUUUAAGAAUCUAAUAAAACUUUAGCUCCUAUAUUAGAGCAAAGAAACUUGCUUGUUCUCUGUUGCUCUCUUUUCCCUGAAUAUGUGAGCCAAAAUGAAAGGAAAAAAAAAGGGUUCCAGUGUUGUUUCCUGCAAAGACCAUUCUUAUGAGUCCAUUGGACAGUUUGGGGAGGGGGACUCAUAGCUAAUUGGCUAAAGAAAGGCUCUGAUUGUCUGGAGGGGACUGGAAAGUGCCGCAUGCGCUUUUGAAAAGGAAGAGGGAGAAGGUGCCUGGUUUCGCUAAGCAGCUGCUGUUGGAGAUGUUUGGAGAUUACAUCAGCACUGGAGGAAAAAAGAACUGAAAAAAAAAUCCAACUUCAGAGAGAGCGCGAGUGAGUGUUUAUGGAGCCCCCCCAAUUUUUCCCCUUCCAAAGAUCUUCUGACAAUACUGUUAUUGUCAAUAUAAGAGUUCUUAAUUCUGUAUGAAUAGUGCAUGGGGCCUCUUGAUUAAAUAGUGUAUUACAUGUUCCAAAUCUGUCAGCUGCACUCUUCUCUCACAUGCUAGUGAGAUCACUUGGAAUGGAACGUUAUAGGAACAGCUCCAUUUGUCAUACAUCACCAAAUAGGACAUUAUAUAAUUAGAUCACCAGCAAUCGUGUUCACAAAGAGGUAUAGCUCUCCUCCCACCCCCCAUCUCCAAACCCGGUGGCUUCUUCAUUCCAGCUUCAAUAUGGAAUCAGGCCUUUUGUUGACUGUGCUGAUUUUGAUAAUAUUAAUGCGAUUUAUUUUAUGGUCCUGCUUCAAUGUUUAUUUGGAUUACAAACUGGCCCGAAGAUUUCCGGAAAAAAGGAAAGACUCUUGAAAAGGGUUAUAUGCAUUUUCAAUAACCCAGUGACACCUUUCGGAAUGAUGUCCUAGAAAAAGAUGAUUUUUUAUUUUUACAAUGGCUGAUUUCACAGACUCUUAUUUUUGUUUUGGUAGGAUCAACUGAGCACAUCUGCAUGUUCAAAUGUGCAUGUGGCAUUUUUAAAGAGUUCUAGCCUCUAAUGAGACACAAAUUGCAAAUUAGACAAAUUAAAUGAUAUUCCUUGUUCAUGAACUUCUUGCUGGAACGAAACUGCAACCACUUGCUACUUAAUUGCUUUAGUCUAGCCAAAUGUGACUUUGUUGUUGAGAGUCUGGGCAGCCAAUCAGAGAAUUUCACAAAGUUAUAUGAGAUCACUUCCUUGUUGCUGGCCAAGCUGUUGACCUGCUGCUUUUGCCUUCAAUAAUGUCUGCAUGUAAACAUCAGCCCAUGUCAACUUGAGUCAUGAAGACUGGCAUCCAUCUGAAGAAACGAGGACCUAUA